AUGGUAGUUAUAACAAGAGAUGGUGUUACUUUGGAAUUGCAUGAAAGCAUUGACUUUGCAGAUGCACUUAGAAAAAUAACGAAUGACUUAGCUAGUGACUGUAUAUGUCCAUCUAACAUAAUCGACCAGGAAGAAUACUUGAAGAAUCUCAUAAACCAUUUCUCUGCAGCCUUCCCAUUAUGUAACGUUCUUGCUACAAACAAAAAUCAUACAAUUCUUGGUCAGUACAAACACUUCCACUAUGAACAACCAGCGAAGGUGGCUUCUGCCACUGGAGAUUUAGAG